UGAAGUAGGUCUGCCGUGAUAAGGGACAUGAUACCUUUAAAACUCACAGCUGUUUACGGUAGCGCUUUGAACAGCAGGGGAAACUCGCCGACAAGAACAUUGAUUUAAUCGAGAUGGAGUCAACGACGGAACUAAAUAUACUUGUAGAAAACAUAACGACGAUAAUGAACUACACUACUAUCGCCGUCAAAUCAUGGAACUCAAUGCACUGUUCCGACGACAACUACGCGUGCCAGGGUAGAAUAGAGAUUGCAUUAAGAGUAACGCUGCUGGUCGUUCAAAUUUUCUUGGCGUUUUUUGGAAAUGUAUUUGUGUUGCUUGUGUUAUAUCGGAAUCCCAAACUGAUGAACAUCGCGAACAAAUUCGUCUGCAAUUUACUCGUCGCUGAUUUGUUACAGUCGGUAGUCGUCGUGCCUUUUGCCAUUGUGUCAUCACUCCAUUCUAGGUGGAUCUACUCGGAGUUGUGGUGUAAACUGUACGCCUGUCUGACGCAUGUCUUCGCUUUCGCUGCGGUAUAUACCAUAGUGAUUGUUGCCAUAGACAGAUAUCUAGCUAUAUUACACCCAUUGUCAUAUCACAGUAGAAUGACACCUACAACGAGUACGAAUCUUAUGAUUGGGACUUGGAUAUUGGCGAUCCUGCAGAGUACGCCACCGUUUUAUGGAUGGGGUGAGUUCGGUUGGCAUCCUGCCAGAGGUCUGUGUACUGUACUUUGGUUUAAACAUACCAUAUCGUCGUUUUCUUUUACAAUUUUCAUUAGCUUAACGACUUUCUUCAUUCCUCUACUAAUCAUGUUUCGAGGAUAUUGGAAAAUAUUUCGCGCUGCGUACAGACAAAACUCCAUCCAUCCAUUGCCAGAUUUAGAUGUACCCAGGAAAAAUCAAGAGAUUAAAACAAAUCCACAAAAACCCUUUUUUAAACGACGGAGCAAAAGACGGUAUAAGAGAGACAUGAAAGCAGCAAAGGUGGUCUUUAUUGUAAUGGGAUCAUUUGCAACGAGUAUCGGGCCUUAUACUGUGGUCAAUCUCCUCGAAGCAAGCCAGAAAUGGCUUGGAGACCGGCCAACGCUUGUUCACACCAUAACAUUGAUUUUACUUUUUUAUCAAUGCUGUGCCCAUCCUUGCAUUUACGGAUAUAUGCAUCGAAGUAUUCGCCGAGAUCUUGUUUAUUUGAUAUGUGGAUACAAGUGCCCUUGUCUACUUCCCAAACCGAGGAAGGACUCAAUCAUGAUGAACAGGCAAAGCGCCGCCUACACGGACGAGUGGCGGACUUCAGGGGCAACUCUUUCUCAUAUUCCCUCACAGCUUUUUCUUGAGAAUAGCGAGAUGAUGGACAGGGAACUGAUGGCCAGUUCUGUUCCAAUAACGGACGAGAAGGAAACCAACCCGUCAUCGUCUGUUAUAAAUAAGCCGAGCAACGGAAGUAAUGUAACGACCACCACCUUGUUGGAUAACGAUGUCGCCGAGGCUAACGGCGAUACUGUAUACAAUAUAUGCGGACGAUUGAAGCAGAAAACGCCACAGAUACGUGUCCGUUUCUCUGAUGCAUAG